AUGUAUCAGCAUAUCCUUGCUUUGGUGUUUGCUAUCAAGGAGAUCAACAGGAACACUGAGGUCUUACCAAACAUCACAUUAGGUUUCCACAUUGUGAACAACUACUUCCCUGCAAGGAUAACGUAUAAGGCAAUGUUGAGCUUACUUUCUACACAGCAGAAAUUUGUCCCCAAUUUUACCUGUGAUUUAAAGAAAACAUUUAUUGCCGCUAUUGGAGGACGCUUGAUCGAGACCUCAUUCAUCAUGGCCACAGUUCUCACCAACCUCAAAAUUCCACAGCUUGCCUAUGGAACAUUUUCUGCAGUAUAUGGAGACAAAAAUGUAUUUCCAUUCUUGUACCAGAUGGUCCCAAAUGAAAUGCAUGAGUACACUGGGGUUAUUCGAUUACUUCAGCAUUUUAAAUGGAAUUGGAUUGGGAUCUUGGCUAUGGAUGAUGAUUAUGGAGACAUGUUUUUGCAGAAAAUUGAACCGUUGCUUUCCCAAAACAACAUUUGUUAUGCUUUCAAAUUUAGAAUAUCACAGAAGGCUUACAUAGAUGAAUAUAUACACAUGAUUACCAUGGAGUUAAGAUAUGAUCAAUUCUUUAUGGAUGAUAAAGUCAAAGUGUUUUUAAUCUAUGCCCUAACACCAGCCAUGGAAAGUCUGAGAAUUAUCAUCUUUGUAGCAUUUGUUUAUUCAUGGCCACCUUUGGGUAAAGUGUGGAUUAUUACAUCCCAUUGGAAUUUUGAAUCACUGUCCAUUCAGAGAGUUUGGGACAUACAGAGUUUCCAUGGUGCCCUAUCAUUCACAGUUCGCUCAAAAGAGCCCCCUGGAUUCCAAGAAUUUCUUCAUAGUGUAAGACCAUAUUGGGCAAAAGAAGACAAUUUCAUUCAAAAUUUUUGGGAGCAGGCAUUUGACUGCCAAUUACACACUUCUAGUUUAAAUGAAAAUAGCAACACAAUUUGCACUGGAGAUGAGAAGUUAGAUAGUUUGCCAAGCAUAUUAUUUGAAAUGAGCAUGAGUGGUCACAGUUACAACAUUUACAAUGCAUUGUUUGCUAUGGUACAUUCUUUCCAUGCAUUACUCAAGUCCAGGUCCAGAUGUAGAAAUGCAAUAGGAACAGAACAAUUAAUAGUUCACAAUUUAAAAGCAUGGCAGCUUAAUUCUUACUUGCAAAGCAUCAUAUUCAAUAACAGUAUGGGAGAUAGUAUUACAUUUGAUGAAAACAGAGAACUGAUUACAGGUUUUGAUGUUGCAAACUGGAUUACCUUCCCCAAUAAUUCAUUUUCUCGAGUCAAAGUUGGAACAUUGGAACCUCGGGCUCCACCAGGGAAAGAAUUAGCCCUUAAUGACAAUCAAAUUGUAUGGCACAGAAGCUUUAAUCAGGUGCUUCCUCUUUCUGUGUGCAAUGACCACUGCUAUCCAGGCUCCUGCAGAAAGAAGAAUGAAGGAAAGAAAUUUUGUUGCUAUGAUUGCGUGCCAUGUUCAGAAGGGCAGAUCUCCGAUGAAAUAGGUAGGACAAAAAGAUAUAUGGAUGCCUGCAUGAAAUGUCCAGAAAAUGAAUAUCCAAACAGCAUCCAAAACCAAUGUAUUCCCAAAGCAUUCACCUAUCUCUCUUAUAAAGAAGCUUUGGGAAUAUUCUUUGUGACAUUGGCUACUGUUUUUUCUUUGAUUACAAUCCUUGUGGUUGGAAUCUUUUGGAGGCAUCGAGAAACUCCAAUUGUCAAAGCCAAUAACUGGAUCCUCACUUGUAUCCUCCUCAUCUCCCUUCUUCUUUGCUUCCUCUGUUCCUUCCUCUUUCUGGGAAGACCUGAAAAGAUGACCUGCCUUCUCCGGCAAAUGACUUUUGGCAUUAUCUUCUCAAUGGCCCUUUCGUCUAUAUUAGCAAAAACCAUGACUGUGAUUCUCGCAUUCAUGGCAACCAAACCAGGCUCUGGAAUGAGGAAAUGGGUAGGAAAAGGACUGUCCAAUUCUAUUGUCCUUUCAGGUUCUUUCAUCCAGGUGGCUAUUUGCACUGUUUGGCUGAGUACAUCACCUCCUUUCCCAGAUAUAGACCUGCAUUCACUGAAGGGAGAAAUCAUAAUGGAAUGCAAUGAAGGUUCGGUUAUCAUGUUUUACUGUGUCUUGGGUUACAUGGGCUUCCUGGCUAGUGUCAGCUUUAACAUUGCUUUCCAAGCCAGGAAGCUUCCCAGCAGUUUCAAUGAGGCCAAGUUCAUCACCUUCAGCAUGUUGGUCUUUUGCAGCGUUUGGCUGACAUUUAUUCCAACCUACCUGAGCACCAAAGGGAAAUACAUGGUAGCUGUGGAGAUCUUCUCUAUCUUAUCCUCCAGUGCUGGUUUACUGGGGUGUAUAUUUUCCCCCAAAUGCUACAUCAUUUUAUUGAGACCUGAGAUGAACAAGAGGGAACAUUUAAUAAGGAAAGAAAAGUAG